AUGGAACUGGAUUUUGCGUCAUUUGGCGUGUACUCCCUCGCGGGCAAGAGGCAUGCCAACGAAGAUCGCUGGGUGGCCUUCACCCACCUCCACCUGUGUCCCAACAUCUCAGCUCCAGCCUGGCAGCUGAAGAAGAAAAAGAAAAAGAAGAAGGGCAGCAAGGGUGGUGAUGGAGGGAAAGAGGAAAAGAGCGGCAACGACGACCAGGCCGACGAGGGCGGCUACCUGCCGCUUUCGUUCUUUGCGGUGUACGACGGCCACGGCGGAUCGCUGUGCGUGGAGACGGUCAGCACGCGCCUGCACAAGUACAUCAUCAACCAGCGCACCCGCGGCCUCUUCUUCCUCCGCGACCCCGAACUCAUCAACGAAGCCCUCAUUCGCGAGGCCAUCCGGCGCGGGUUCGAGGACAUGGACCGGGAGGUGAUCCGGACCACGGAGCAGAAGGGCGACUCGAGCGGGUCGUGCGCGGUGGUCAUCAUCCUCCUCUACAACCGCGUCUUCAUCGCCCACGCCGGCGACACCCGCGCCGUGCUCGGCCAAGUCAAAGGUUCGGGUAAGGGGAGCCUGUCGGAACCGUUCUCGCCGCUGCCGACGCGGCUGUACGGCGCCGAACUAAAGAAGACCAACUCUGACAGCUCCAUCCCCGGACACAUCGCCCAGGGCGGGAUGAUGUCGUCAAAGUCGGCGGACUCGGUGACGCCGCGUCGGUGGGAGCGACGGAUGUCGGACGAGGACCGGCGGGUGGCGGAGCGGGGCAAGUGGACGCGCAAGACCCUCAAGAACCUGCGCACCAUCGAACUCACCGAGGACCACAAGGCCACCAACGAGAAGGAGAAGAAGCGCAUGAAGCUCAAGGGCGGCUUCGUCGCCAACGGCCGAGUCUUUGGUGUCCUCGCGAUGUCGCCGCAAGAGUACCAGAUCCGCAAGAUCAAGGGGAGCGGGAGCGUGAUGCGGCGCAACCGCGACGCCGACGCCCUCAGCGACGAGCACAGCAGCAGCAGCGACGACGACGACAACAACGAAAAGAACGAAAGCGACAACCACAAGAACGAAAGCGACAACGGCGGCGGAAACGAGAGCGGCGCGGUUUCGACCGACGUCGUGGCGACCGAAGAGCGAACGGCGGCGGCGGCGACCGGCGAGAGCGCGACGGCCGAGCGGCGGGCGAGCCGGCGGGUGACGCAGCAGCGCGGGAAGGAGCUGAACGCGGGGCUGCCGUUCGACAACGACGAGCUGUGGGGCUGGGUCGAGUCGCAGCGCCUGGCCGACCUCCGCGCCGCCACCGACUUCGAGGCCGACGAAAAGGCCCGCAAGGCCGAAAAGAAGGCCGCCAAGGAGAAGGAGCGCGCCGGCGCCGCCUCGUCGUCAUCUUCGGAGGGCCACGCCGACGCCGACGCCGGAGGGGGCGGCGGGGGCGGCGAUGGGGCGAGUCCGCGACACGAGAACGGCGACGGCGAAGGCGACGGCGAGGGUGAGAAGGCGAAGGGCGGAAAGAAGGGGCGGAAGGGCGAGAGCUACGAGGCGAUGACGGAGAAGGAGAUGCGGAGGCGGCAGGACAAGGCCCUCAAGAAGCGGUCGAAGCAGAUCCGGAAGGAGCGGGAGCAGCUCAAGGAGAAGGAGCGCAAGGUGAAGGAGAUGGCCAAGAUCCAGGAGCGACGGGGCAACGCCGGCGAGGGCGUCGUCGUGGCCCUGCCCGACAUCGACUGCCGCACCAUCUCCACCGACGACCGAUUCAUCCUCAUCGCCUCCGAUGGCUUGUGGGACGUGUGUCCGAGCAAGGAGAGCGUGAAGGCGGUGUCGCAGCUGUACCUGGAGCAGCAGCUGCAGGCGGCGGCGACGCCGGUGGUGGCGGCACCGGCCCAGUCGGGCGUGCCGGUGACGAUGCUGCGCAACAUAUGCGAGUCGGUCUGCCGAAGCGCGCGGAAAGGCGGCAGUUCGGACGAUAUCACGUGUCUCCUCAUUGCCCUCCACCCGACCAUCAUCUAG